AUGGUGGUCCUUCUCUCUGUUCUCCUCUUCCUGUCUCUGCUGGCUAAUGCAGUGUUGGCUUACCUGUAUUACACCAGUAACACAAAUCAGUUGAUAGGAUGUGAGCCAGUGAAAAACAACUCAAAUCUAGGUUUGCCAGAGAAGUGGGUCCAGGACAAGGGGAGAUUCUAUGUUUUCUCCAAUGAUACAAAGGACUGGAACAGCAGCAGACAAUGCUGUCAGGAUCUGGGUGGAGACCCGGUCAUCAUCAACAGCAGUGAGGAGCAGGAAUUUCUUGCUCAGCAAAUAGUCACUUUUAAUGCAUUGGUGCUACACUGGAUCGGUCUGACUGACCGCCAGACUGAGGGAGUAUGGCUUUGGGUGAACAACACUCCCCUAAACAACAACGUCUCAUGGUGGAUCUUCCCUCCUGACAAUGAUGAUAUGCAUGAUCCCAUGGGUGAAGACUGUGCUGUAAUAAAUGGAUAUCUAAAAGGAGAAAAAUGGGGAGAUAUUUCUUGCUUGAAAAUGCAAAGAAGCAUCUGUGAGGUUCCGUGA